GAUAAUAGUUACGCUGAACGGUGCCCACUGGUCACCCUAUAAAUAGUGCUCUUGUGUGUAGUAAUAUUGUAGUUCUAACACAUGUCUAAAAAUAGAAAGCUUAAAAUAGACAAUUCAUCUUUCUAUUUAGCAAUACACCAUAGAGCCUGUCACCGUCUGUAUUAUCUGAUAAUGUUAGCUGUCAUAAAAGAAAGAAGUAAAGCAUUUUUGGAAACUAUAUGGGAUUCAUGGAAAGGAAAUGCUGACGAAAAGUUUGGUACGGUGUAUGGGAAUGUUCUUUACGUAUCGGAUUUAAUGAGCUUAAAAAUUGAGGAGGAGUUGAAUGAUCAGUGUACUGCAAAAACGGACGGAUCAGUGUGUACAGAAAGUGUCCCGUGCAGAUUGUCUGAUUCUGACCUCAAUUUUUGAAGG